AUGGAAUCCAGCUCUGAGCGACCGUCUGCCCUGUCCAGCAUACAGCAGCAUCUGUCUUCGUCUCUCCCUCUAUCUCAGCCAUGGGCAAAUCAGUCUCUUUCCACCUUCGGAACCCGCGGCCGGGUAUUCAAUCCUGCCCUGGACGAUCCCACGCUUGCACGAAGGACAACUGCUCUCCGGCAACUUCACGGGGCUGCUAGACCACCACAACGGAAACAACGCCAAACUCCGUCUGUUGCAAGCCGAUCCUCUCUAUCCUCGCAGCCCGUUAUUGUUCGGACGUAUUCCGCUGGGACCGAGGGAAACUCUGCAAUGUCGAGGAGGCAAAGCUUAGAUACGGGACGGCAACAAACAAACCGCCCUCCGGCCCGGCUACCGCCCGUUGAAGAAUUCGGCAUCGAGGGUAUAUUGCAGGCAAUUGAACCUAACAUCCAAGUCACGCUGGACACUAUAGCCGAUAUAUGCGGGCGAAGCAAACUGAGUCUUGCAAAUGAGUACGAAAGCCAUCGACCACCACUGGGGGAGAUCAGAGCUCCAGUACGGACAGGCGAUUAUGGCCUUCUGACAGUUGAAGAAGCCAGCUCAAGCAGCGAAAGGCUGGUAGACGAUAAUGUCGCUGUCAUGGGUGAUGAUAUCAGCACCAUGGAUGGCCAUGGUCACUAUUCCUCUACAUACGACUACCUGAAUCCAAUCCAUCGUCCCACUGGUCUUUUUGAUUUCCGAAAUUCAAUCCCCCAGUCAUGGGCUGAGGCAAGCACGACCCAUCAGCAAGCUGAACCCCAGAGGUCGGCGUUCCGGAGAGAAUCGAUACCUACAUAUGAAGAUAUUAUUCCCUCCACACAUGAACCCCAUGUGGAGAAAGGGAAAUUACCCUAUUUACCAUGGGCUCUUGAGAAUAAUACUGAUAGCAAUGGCCAGCGUGGUAGCGCUAGACAGUCAAUGAUGACGCAACCAGUCAUAUCCGAAGUACAUUUAGAUGCUCAAGCCGAUAGGACCUACCACUUGGUUGAGCCAGAUAGACCAUGGCCUUCGACCGACCCAACAAUUGACGACCCAGACUAUGAUGAUAUAUUGCAUUCCAACGGUCAUAUACCAAAAUCUCAUACUGGAAGGGGUUCCGUCCUUACGGAAUUGCAAGGCUUCCUCAGUUGGCUUGGAAACGUGAGCCGUUCCCAUGGAAAGUGUAAUCAUGAAGUAACAUCCCUUAUAACCGCCCAAGAAAAAUUACGGGACCUCCUGGAGAGACAGAAUGUCCUUCUUGCUCAGCCGUCUAGGUGA